AUGUUCUCCCAAACAGCAACAGGUGAACUGCAGGCACUCAUGCCCAUCACUACCGAUACCACCAUGUCUCUCGUCACCAGAACUCUACUCGCAUACUUGAGAACUACUCACCGUCGCUGGUUGGUUUUCAAUGGUCAAAACUUGGUGAAGAUCACUACACCGUUGUAUGAGAUGCCACUGGAUUGUGUUGAUUGGGUGUUGAUUGGUGUUUACGGCUCCGAAAACACCGCGUUUGCACAAACGGCAUUCGGUGACGCCGUGAUGAUAACGGUGAGCCACAAAAGGAUCUCAACUUAG